GUCUCUUAGGUGAUGCUGCAGCCAAGAUGGCGCCGGCGGCGGCCGCGGCGGCUUAAGCGUGAUGCUUCGGGUCCUCGUUGGCGGUGGCAGCGGCAGCGGCGGCCUUGGCCGCGGCCUGGCGUCUCUCCCGUGCGUGAGCGCUCAGGCGCCUGUCCUCCGGCCGGGUUAGCCGGGACAGAGAGGAGACGGCCACGGAGACAGGAGGCAGUGAGGAACAGAGCGAAAGCGCGGCGUCUCCCGCCUCGGCACCAUGGCUGGGAUCAUCAAGAAACAGAUCCUGAAGCACCUCUCCAGAUUUACCAAAAAUUUGUCUCCCGAUAAGAUCAAUCUAAGUACCCUUAAAGGAGAAGGUGAACUGAAGAAUUUGGAGUUGGAUGAAGAGGUGCUCCAGAAUAUGUUGGAUUUGCCAACGUGGCUUGCUAUCAACAAAGUGUUCUGUAAUAAAGCAUCCAUUAGGAUCCCAUGGACAAAACUGAAAACACAUCCUAUCUGUUUGUCCCUGGAUAAAGUAAUAAUGGAAAUGAGUACAUGUGAAGAACCACGAGCCCCUAAUGGCCCAUCACCUAUUGCAACUGCUUCAGGACAAAGUGAAUACGGCUUUGCUGAAAAAGUAGUUGAGGGAAUUACUGUUUCUGUAAAUUCCAUUGUCAUUAGAAUUGGAGCAAAAGCCUUCAAUGCAUCAUUUGAACUUUCUCAGCUACGGAUCUAUAGUGUAAAUGCAAACUGGGAACAUGGAGAUUUAAGAUUCACUCGUAUUCAAGAUCCACAGAGAGGAGAGGUUUUGACAUUUAAGGAAAUAAAUUGGCAGAUGAUACGAAUAGAGGCAGAUGCUACCCAAAGUUCACAUCUUGAAUUUAUGUGUGCUCCUGUUCGAUUAAUAACCAACCAAUCCAAAAUCAGAGUCACAUUGAAAAGAAGAUUAAAGGACUGCAACGUCAUAGCAACAAAGUUAGUUCUAACAUUGGAUGACUUAUUAUGGGUUUUAACGGAUUCCCAAUUAAAGGCUAUGGUACAAUAUGCAAAAUCUCUUAGUGAAGCUAUAGAAAAAUCAACAGAACAAAGGAAGAGUAUGGCUCCUGAACCUACACAGAGCUCUACAGUAGUCCCAUCCACCCAGCAAGUGAAGACACCACAGACUUCAAAUGCUCCUGACCUAAAUGAUGCAAUUGUGAAACUAUUCAAUGACUUUGAUGUUAAAGAAACUUCCCAUCAUUUAGUGAUUUCUCAUCUAGAUCUACACAUAUGUGAUGACAUUCAUGCUAAAGAAAAAGAGUCAAACAGACGUGUUACUGGAGGGGCUAUGCAGCUCUCUUUUACCCAGCUAACUAUAGAUUAUUAUCCCUAUCAUAAAGCCGGAGAUAGUUGUAAUCAUUGGAUGUAUUUUAGUGAUGCAACAAAAACAAAAAAUGGAUGGGCCAACGAGUUGUUGCAUGAAUUUGAGUGCAACGUUGAAAUGCUUAAACAGGCUGUGAAGGAUCAUAAUGUAGGUUCACCUCCUAAAUCCCCAACGCAUGCCUCUCCCCAGCACACACAAACAGAGCAGGACUCCACUCUGAAAGGGACAUCCAGAACACCUUCAGUGUUAUCUCAGCAAUCAAAGGCUAAGCUCAUGUCUAGUUCGCUUGUGGUUAGACUUGCAGAUUUCAAUAUAUACCAGGUCUCUACAGCAGAACAAUGUCGUUCUUCCCCCAAAAGUAUGAUUUCCUGCAAUAAAAAAUCUCUGUAUCUGCCACAAGAAAUGUCAGCUGUCUAUAUAGAAUUCACAGAAUAUUACUAUCCAGAUGGAAAGGAUUUUCCAAUUCCAUCUCCCAACUUAUAUAGCCAGCUGAAUGCACUGCAGUUUACUGUGGAUGAAAGAAGCAUUCUAUGGUUAAAUCAAUUUCUAUUGGAUUUAAAACAGAGUCUUAAUCAAUUCAUGGCUGUGUACAAGUUGAAUGAGAAUUCAAAAUCUGAUGAGCAUGUUGAUAUUCGGGUUGACGGCUUAAUGCUAAAGCUUGUUAUUCCCUCUGAAAUGAAAUCGGAGUGUCAUCAAGAUCAGCCACGUGCAAUUUCUAUUCAGAGUUCUGAAAUGAUUGCCACAAAUACAAGGCAUUGUCCAAACUGUCGACAUUCUGAUCUAGAAGCUUUGUUUCAAAAUUUCAAAGAUUGUGAUUUUUUUAGUAAAACGUAUACGAGCUUCCCCAAAUCUUGUGACAAUUUUAAUCUUCUACAUCCAAUCUUCCAGAGACAUGCUCAUGAACAAGAUACAAAAAUGCAUGAAGUUUAUAAAGGAAAUAUUAUUCCCAAAUUGAAUAAACAUACUCUUAAAACUUCUGCUGCCAUGGAUGUGUGGGCUGUUUACUUUUCUCAAUUUUGGAUAGAUUAUGAAGGGAUGAAAAGUGGAAAAGGACGACCAAUAAGCUUUGUAGACUCUUUCCCUCUUUCUGUCUGGAUUUGUCAACCAACAAGAUAUACAGAGUCACAAAAAGAGCUGCAGACUUGUGAUCAAGUAUCUCUAAAUACAUCACAAAGUGAAUCUAGUGAUUUAGCUGGCCGGUUGAAGCGGAAAAAGCUCUUGAAGGAGUAUUAUAGUACAGAGUCUGAACCCUUCACAAAUGGUAGUCAGAAACCUUCUUCAUCAGAUACAUUUUUAAGAUUUUCCUCUUCAUCAUCAGAAGCAGAUAUUCAUGUCCUCGUUCACGUUCAUAAACAUGUCAGUUUGCAAAUCAAUCACUACCAGUAUCUGCUCCUACUUUUCCUCCAUGAUUCACUUAUUUUGCUUUUAGAGAACUUAAGGAAAGAUGUAGAAGCUGUAACUGGCAAUCCUGCUAAUCAAACAUCUGUUUGCAUUGGAUUUUUACUUAGAAGUGCAGAACUGGCUCUUUUGCUACAUCCAGUGGAUCAGGCCAACAGGAUCAAGUCUCCUGUUUCUGAAAGUGUGAGUCCAGUGGUUCCUGAUUAUUUGCCUACUGAAAAUGGAGAAGUUUUAUCUUCAAAAAGGAAACAAGUUAGUGGUAUAAAUAGAAUUAGAAGUGUAACUGUUAAUCACAUGUCAGACAACAGAUCUAUGAGUGUUGACCUUAGCCAUGUCCCUUUAAAGGAUCCUUUGCUUUUCAAAUCAGCUAGUGAUACAAAUCUGCAAACAGGCAUUUCUUUUCUGGACUGUUUAUCAGACAAACAUUUAGGGAAAAUAAGUGAAGAUGAAAGUAGUGGUCUUGUUUACAAAAGUGGCUCAGGAGAAACUGGAUCAGAAAUAAGUGACAAGAAGGAUUCUUCUUACAGAGAUUCAAACAGUAUCUUAAAUAACAGAGAAGAUUCAAAUAUAUUGUCAUUUGAUAAUGAUGGUAAUCAAAACAUAUUUUCAAAUAGUUUAACUAGUAAAGGAAAUGAAACCAUAGAGUCAAUCUUUAAAGCUGAAGAUUUGCUUCCAGAAGCAGCUUCAGCCUCUGAGAACCUGGAAAUCAGUAAAGAAGAGACACCCACAGUUAUGACACUUAAGUCCCAGUCAUCUUUAAGUGGAAAGCCUAAAGAACGAUGCCCACCCAACUUGGCUCCACUCUGUGUUUCUUACAAGAACAUGAAAAGAAGCUCCUCUCAAAUGUCAUUGGAUACCAUUUCACUUGACAGCAUGGUAUUGGAAGAAAUGUUGUUAGAAAGUGAUGGAAGUGAUAGCCAUAUAUUUUUGGAAAAAGGAAAUAAAAAGAGCUCAACUGCAAAUUACCAGAGCCCAGCUGAGAGUGUGAAUGCUAGUGCAAGCCUACAGAAUUAUGGUGAAACUUCUCCAGAUGCCAUCAGUACAAAUUCAGAGGGUGCUCAAGAAAAUCAUGAUGACCUGAUGUCAGUUGUGGUAUUUAAAAUUACUGGUGUUAAUGGGGAAAUCGACAUCCGAGGGGAAGACACAGAAAUCUGUCUUCAAGUGAAUCAGGUGACACCAGACCAGUUAGGCAACAUCAGUCUUCGGCAUUACCUCUGUAAUCGUCCAAUUGGUUCGGAUCAGAAAGCUGUAAUUCAUUGCACAUCUUCUCCUGAGAUUUCUCUGAGGUUUGUAAGUGGGCCUGGUGCUGCAAUACACUCGUUGCUUGCAGAAAAAAAUGGAUUCCUGCAAUGCCAUAUAGAAAACUUCAGCACUGAGUUUCUUAUAUCUUCUCUUAUGAAUAUUCAACAUUUUCUGGAAGAUGAAACUGUUGCAACAGUAAUGCCAAUGAAGAUACAAGUUUCUAACACAAAAAUAAAUUUAAAAGAUGACAGUCCUCGGAGUAGUACACUAUCCCUUCAACCAGCUCCUGUAACUGUGCAUGUUGAUCAUCUUGUGGUGGAGAGAAAUGAUGAUGGUUCUUUUCAUAUCAGAGAUUCUCAUAUACUUAACACUGGAAAUGAUUUGAAAGAAAAUGUCAAAAGUGAUUCUGACUCAGUAGCACUGACCAGUGGACAGUAUGAUCUGAAGAAACAAUGCAGUGUCACUCAAGCCACUCAGACAAGUCCAGAAGUUCCUUGGCCUUCUCAGUCAGUUAACUUUCCUGAAUGCUCCUUUGACUUUACUAGGGAACAGCUCAUGGAAGAGAAUGAAUCUCUUAAACAGGAACUGGCUAAAGCUAAAAUGGCUCUUGCAGAGGCUCACUUGGAAAAAGAUGCUCUUCUCCAUCAUAUAAAGAAGAUGACAGUUGAAUAACAGGAGUGGCAGUCAAGAUUCAAAUUAUAGCUCUGGAGUAGGAAGGUUAUAUUUAUAAUGUGGAUGUUACCAAGUAGUGGAAAACUUUCAUUUUCAUGAAAAGACAAUAAAAUGAAAUGGAGUGUGAACAAGUGGUGACUAGUCCAAAGCCAGUUUAGAAAGUAUGAGGUACGAGCAUUACAAUCUUUUGGUUGUUUUGUGUUUUGGGGUUCAACCCUCUUUUAAACUGGUGUGAUCUAGGGAAGUCAAUACAUUCUGUAAAAUAAUUACAUGCCUAAUGAAAAGAUGUCAUUUCCUAAUUUUGAUGUCUCAUUAUAGGCAUUUUUUUAAAAAGGAAAAUGAAAACCUAUUGCCCAUACAGACCGCUGAAUUUACUUCUUACUAUUUCUUAAUAAUUUACUUUUAUUUACAAAGAUUCAAAUGCUUCUAGGGCUAAUGUAAAAUAAAAAGAGGCUUACAUUGUAAUGUUACUCAAAUUAUGUACUUAAAUCUAUAAUUAUUUAAUUGUAAAAAAUCCAAGCAAAUUAAUAAAUUAUAUAAUUAAUGGGUUUGAAAACUCUGGAAAAUCUUCACCCUACUGAAAUUAUAAAGUGUCUUGAAAAUGUGGGGAAAAUCAUUUUAAGUGAUGGGUAAACUAUAUAAGUAGAAGCUAUAAUUUUCAACAAAAAGAUGGUACAAAUGUAAAAAUGAAAAGCACAAACUGUACAAAGGCAAAAUGUUAGAGUAUAUGACUAAGUGAUUCAAAAAGCAUUACUUGUACAUUCCUUUAAACACUUAUUGUUAGAAGUAAAAGAGUAAUUUAACUUAACUAUCUUGCUAAAUUUGGCGUUUGUAACUAUAAACAUUUUACUUAAUACUA